CCCUCACAGGGGCAACAGUGCAGUUUUCCAUUCAGUGGAUCAUAUCCCGUGACAAUAACGGACUCCUUCAGGCAUUCCGACACAUCUGAGCCUGGAGUGCUCUUACCUCACACACUUGAAAGACGCAUCUGAGGAGCUCAUCAAAAGAGAAGAGUUUUAUUACGGGUGACGCACGUUUACAGGAGGUUUAAGGAGUCGCACAGCAGGGGCCAAUGGGAGCUUGGAAGUUGGCCAAGGUGGUGCUCGGAUGGGUCGCGGUCUGGUGGGCCGCAACGUAUUCGGUGCAGGCGCAAGGUGACGGAGACAUCCAGGCUAGUCGAUUCUCUGGAAAACCAGAAGGGGAGGCGCAACUCAGGGUCCGUCGGAGAGGCCAGGAGACCCUCAGGGGGCCCAAUGUAUGUGGUUCUCGCUUUCACUCCUAUUGUUGUCCAGGAUGGAAAACGCUUCCUGCAGGGAACCAGUGUAUCGUUCCGAUCUGUAGAAAUACAUGUGGCGAUGGCUUCUGCUCAAGGCCCAACAUGUGCACCUGCUCCAGUGGUCAUCUUUCCCCAAACUGUGGAGCGGCCGCAGUCCAGUCCUGCAGUGUUAGAUGUAUGAAUGGAGGAGUUUGUAAUGACGACUCCUGCGCGUGCCAGAAGGGCUAUACAGGAACUCACUGUGGACAACCUGUGUGUGAGAAUGGAUGUCAAAAUGGCGGACGCUGCAUCGGCCCCAACAGAUGUGCAUGUGUCUAUGGGUUUACCGGGCCGCAAUGCGAGAGAGACUACAGGACAGGACCUUGCUUUACUCAGGUCAACAACCAAAUGUGCCAGGGUCAGCUGAGCGGGAUUGUGUGCACCAAGACGCUUUGCUGUGCCACCAUCGGGCGAGCGUGGGGUCACCCCUGCGAGAUGUGCCCCUCCCAGCCCCACCCUUGCCGAAGAGGUUUCAUUCCCAACAUCCGGACCGGUGCCUGUCAAGAUGUGGAUGAAUGUCAGGCUGUUCCCGGGCUGUGCGCCGGAGGUAACUGUAUCAACACCGUCGGAUCCUACGAGUGCAAAUGUCCCGCGGGCCAUCGGCAGAGUGAGACCAACCAGAAGUGUGAAGAUAUCGACGAAUGCGCGACCAUACCCGGAGUGUGCGACGGUGGAGAAUGUACGAACACGGCCGGGAGCUACGUCUGCACCUGUCCGCGUGGUUACGUCACCAGCACAGAUGGAUCAAGAUGUGUCGAUCAAAGGGUUGGUACUUGUUUUUCCACUGUGACGAGCGGGCGAUGUGCGUCCGAGUUGGCCGGACAGUACACAAAGCCGCAGUGCUGUUGUGAGACGGGCCGCUGCUGGGCUCUCGGACACCUUCCUGAGAUGUGUCCUGUCAGAGGAUCGGAUGAAUACAGGCGCCUUUGCAUCCAGAGGCUUCCGUUCGGCACCGGUAACGGCGGGGGAAUCCAUGGUGGAACAAUUAAUGGCGGUGGCGUUUAUAACGGCGGUGAUUUCAACGGUGGUGGUUUCAAUGGUGGUGGUUUCAACGGUUACGGCAUCAAACAUCCAAACCAGAACGGAAACGGAGGCUCCCACAUUAACGGUGGCGUCGGCGGUGACCCGGCUGGAAACGGCAAUGGGGGCAUAAAGACGCCAAUCAGCCAAUUAAACGAGACCACAAUCGACGUGUGCAAGCAUUUCACCAACCUUUGUCUCAACGGCCGCUGUAUUCCCACCCCGACCAGCUACAGGUGCGAAUGCAACAUGGGGUACAGGCAGGACGUGCGAGGAGAAUGCAUUGACGUGGACGAGUGUACCAGUAACCCUUGUGUGAAUGGAGACUGCGUUAAUACUCAGGGAUCUUACCACUGCAAAUGCCACGAUGGAUACCAGAGCACACCCACCAAACAAGCUUGCAUUGAUAUUGAUGAAUGUAUCGUAAACGGGGUGAUGUGUCGUAACGGCCGCUGUGUGAACACAGAUGGAAGUUUCCAGUGCAUCUGUAAUGCUGGUUUUGAGGUCACACCUGAUGGGAAAAACUGCAUCGACCACGAUGAAUGUGCCACUACCAACAUGUGUCUCAACGGCAUGUGUAUAAACGAAGACGGAAGUUUUAAGUGCAUCUGCAAACCUGGAUUCGCUCUGGCGCCCAAUGGACGUUACUGCACAGACAUUGAUGAAUGCCAGACGUCAGGGAUCUGUAUGAACGGCCGCUGUGUUAACAACGAAGGAUCGUUCCGCUGCGAGUGCCCGCCCGGUCUGGCCAUCGACGUGGACGGACGCGUGUGCGUGGACACCCACAUGCGCACCACCUGCUACGGGGCCAUAAAGAUGGGCACCUGCUCUCGCCCGCUCCCUGGGGCGGUGACGAAAUCAGAGUGCUGCUGUGCCAACCCUGAACAUGGGUUUGGAGAGCCCUGUCAUCCCUGCCCGGUGUUGAACUCUGCUGAGUAUCAGGCGGUGUGCAGUAGCGGGCCUGGAAUCACCACAGAUGGGCGAGACAUCAACGAAUGCGCUUUGGAUCCAGAUAUCUGUCAGAAUGGGAUCUGCGAGAACCUGCGCGGCAGCUACCGUUGCAUCUGUAACAUCGGCUACGAGUCCGACGCUAGCGGCAAACAUUGCGUCGACAUUAACGAAUGUUUGGUGAAUCGCUUGUUGUGCGAUAACGGUAUGUGCAGAAACACGCCGGGAAGUUACACAUGCUCGUGUCCUAAAGGAUUUUCUUUCAAAGCCGACUCAGAGACCUGUGAAGACAUUAAUGAAUGUGACUCGAAUCCCUGCAUCAACGGCAUAUGCCGCAAUGUGGCCGGAUCCUUCAACUGCGAAUGUUCCCACGGGAGUAAACUGGACUCUACAAACACCGUCUGUGUCGACAGCAUGAAAGGAACCUGCUGGCUAAAUAUCCAGGACGGCCGCUGUGAGGUGAAUAUAAAUGGGGCUACGCUGAAAUCAGAGUGCUGUUCGACUCUGGGGGCGGCCUGGGGAAGCCCAUGUGAACGAUGUGAAAUUGACGCAGCUUGCUCGAAAGGUUUCGCUAGAAUGAAAGGACUCGUAUGUGAAGACAUCAAUGAGUGUGAAGUGUUCCCCGGUGUUUGUACAAACGGUCGCUGCGUGAACACGCAAGGUUCGUUCCGAUGCGAGUGUGCGGAGGGACUGUCGCUGGACGGAGCCGGACGAACUUGUGUCGACAUUCGUAGCGAGCAGUGUUACAUGAAAUGGGACGAAGACGAGUGUGUCGAGCCUUUACCGGGUCGGUACCGUGCGGAUCUGUGCUGUUGUACGGUGGGAGCGGCGUGGGGCGUCGACUGUGAAGAGUGUCCCAAACCCGGCACACCCGAAUUCAAAACUAUCUGCCCGCGAGGACCCGGAAUCGCCAACCGUGGGGACAUUGUUACCGGAAGACCCUUAUAUAAAGAUGUGAAUGAAUGUAAGGUCUUCAGAGGUCUGUGUACUCACGGGACGUGCCGAAACACCAUCGGAAGCUUCAAGUGUCGAUGCAACAGCGGUUUCGCACUCACUAUGGAGGAGAGGAACUGCACGGAUAUCGAUGAGUGCACCAUCUCUCCUGACCUGUGCGGUCAAGGCACAUGCAUCAACACGCCCGGCAGUUUCGAGUGUGAAUGUUUCGAUGGGUAUGAGAGCGGGUUUAUGAUGAUGAAGAAUUGCAUGGACAUUGAUGAGUGCGAGCGAGACCCUCUGCUGUGUCGCGGGGGUACGUGUCUGAACACAGAGGGUAGUUAUGAGUGCGAUUGCCCUCCAGGACAUCAGCUGAAUGUAGAGGGAUCUGUUUGUGAAGAUGUGAAUGAGUGUCAGUUAAGCAGCACCCUGUGUAAGAACGGUCAGUGUGUUAACAUGGUGGGCACGUACCAGUGUUCCUGUGACACAGGUUACCAGGUCACACCCGACAGACAGGGCUGCGUCGAUAUCGACGAGUGCACUAUCAUGAACGGAGGUUGCGACACUCACUGUACGAACUCGGAGGGCAGUUAUGAAUGCAGCUGUAGUGAAGGUUACGCUCUCAUGCCCGACCUGAGGACCUGCGCCGACAUCGACGAGUGUGAAGACACACCGGACAUCUGCGACGGCGGCCAGUGCACGAACAUCCCUGGAGAAUAUCGCUGCCUCUGCUACGAUGGUUUCAUGGCUUCCAUGGAUAUGCGGACGUGUAUCGACGUCAACGAAUGCGACCUGAACCCCAACAUCUGCCUACACGGAGACUGUGAGAACACCAAGGGUUCUUUCAUUUGCCACUGUCAGCUGGGAUAUUUCGUCAAGAAAGGGUCCACGGGCUGUACAGAUAUUGACGAAUGUGAGGUUGGCGCCCAUAACUGCGACAUGCAUGCCGCUUGCGUCAACAUUCCCGGUAGCUUCAAGUGUCGUUGCCGUGACGGAUGGGAAGGUGAUGGAAUCAAAUGCGUUGAUGUGGAUGAAUGCCUCACCGAGGAGCACAACUGUAACCCCAACGCCGAGUGCAUGAACACGCCUGGGUCGUAUCGCUGCUCGUGUAAGGAGGGCUUCAACGGAGAUGGAUUUACUUGCUCCGAUAUGGAUGAGUGCGCAGACAAUGUGAAUCUAUGUGAGAACGGUCAAUGUCUCAACGCUCCCGGCGGAUACCGUUGUGAAUGUGAGAUGGGCUUCACGCCAACUGAGGACAGCAAAGCUUGUCAAGACAUCGACGAAUGCAACUUCCAGAACAUCUGCGUGUUCGGAUCGUGUCAGAACUUGCCGGGAAUGUUCCGCUGCGUGUGCGACUACGGAUACGAGCUGGACCGCAGCGGAGGAAACUGCACAGACAUCAACGAGUGUUUCGACCCAGUAAACUGCAUCAACGGGCUGUGUGUCAAUCUACCCGGUAGCUACCUGUGUAACUGCCCAACGGACUUUGAGCUCAACCCCACUGGAGUGGGCUGCGUGGACACACGUGUUGGAAACUGUUUUCUGGACACACUGUACCGUGGAGAUGGAGGCAUUUCUUGCAGCGCUGAGAUCGGUGUGGGCGUGACCCGAGCGUCCUGCUGCUGCUCGCUGGGCGGAGCCUGGGGCAACCCAUGUGAACUUUGUCCUCCCGUUAACUCGACCGAAUACAAAACUCUCUGUCCCGGAGGAGAGGGCUUCCGGCCGAAUCCCAUCACUGUUAUCCUAGAAGACAUCGACGAAUGCCAGGAGCUUCCGGGUCUGUGCCAAGGUGGCAACUGUGUCAAUACAUUUGGCAGCUUCCAGUGCGAAUGUCCAGACGGCUACUACCUCAACGAAGAGACCCGCAUCUGUGAAGAUAUCGACGAAUGCACAGCUCACAUUGGCAUCUGCGGACCGGGAACCUGUUACAACACUCUUGGAAACUACACAUGCGUCUGUCCACCCGAGUACAUGCAGGUCAAUGGAGGAAAUAACUGCAUGGACAUGAGAAAGAGCGUGUGUUAUCGUAACUACAACGAUACGUGCGAGAACGAGCUCUCCUUUAACAUGACGAAGAAAGUCUGCUGUUGUGCGUAUAAUGUCGGUAAAGCCUGGAAUCGACCGUGUGAGGCGUGUCCAAUCCCAGCUACCUCCGAGUACCAGCUCUUGUGUGGAAACCAGGCUCCCGGCUUCAUCAUCGACAUUCACACUGGAAAACCCGUCGAUAUCGACGAGUGUCGGGAAAUACCGGGCAUCUGCGCUAACGGAGUGUGCAUCAAUCAGAUUGGAAGUUUCCGCUGCGAAUGUCCCAUGGGCUUCAGCUACAACAACAUCCUAUUUAUAUGCGAAGACAUCGAUGAGUGUAACAGCGGUGACAACCUGUGUCAGCGUAAUGCCAAAUGCAUCAACAUCCCUGGCAGCUACCGCUGCGAAUGUUCGGCAGGGUUCAAGCUGUCACCUAGCGGUGCUUGUUUGGAUCGUAACGAGUGUCAAGAGAUCCCGAACGUUUGCAGUCACGGUGAGUGUAUCGAUACUCAAGGCAGCUAUCGCUGUCUGUGUCACAACGGCUUCAAGACGACGGCGGACCAGACCAUGUGCAUGGAUAUCGACGAGUGUGACAGACAGCCGUGUGGAAACGGCACCUGUAAAAACACAGUGGGUUCCUACAACUGUCUGUGCUUCCCCGGGUUCGAGCUCACCCAUAAUAACGACUGCAUGGAUAUUGACGAGUGCGUAGUGCAUUCUGGUCAGGUCUGUAGAAACGGGCAGUGUAUCAACAGCAUGGGUUCCUUCAAUUGUCUAUGUACAGAUGGAUAUAACCUAACGCCGGAUGGAAAGAACUGCGUCGAUGUCAAUGAAUGUGUAACUAUCCCUCGUGCUUGCCAACCGGGAACCUGUCAGAACCUGGACGGCUCGUUCCGCUGCAUCUGUCCGCCCGGAUACGAAGUUCAGAACGACAAAUGCGUCGACAUCAACGAGUGUAACGUGGAGCCCAACAUAUGUCAGUUUGGCACGUGUAAAAACACGCCAGGCAGUUUCCAAUGCAUCUGCCAGCCUGGUUUUGUGCUGUCUGAUAAUGGCCGACGCUGCUUUGAUACCCGAGAGAGCUUCUGUUUUACACGAUUCGAAGCUGGUAAAUGCUCGGUUCCCAAACCCUUCAACACCACCAAAGCCAAAUGCUGCUGUAGUUUGCUGCCGGGCGAGGGAUGGGGAGACCCGUGUGAACUUUGCCCGCGAGUCAAUGAAGCUGCGUUUCAAACCUUGUGUCCUUACGGUCACGAAGCUGUACUGAGACCUGGAGAAGGUCGUGAGGACAUGAACGAGUGCAUUGAAAACCCGGGUAUAUGCGGCAACGGAAUAUGCAUCAACACCGACGGCUCGUUCCGCUGCGAGUGUCCGUUCGGCUACAACCUGGACUACACGGGCAUCAACUGCGUCGAUACGGACGAAUGCUCCAUUGGAAACCCUUGUGGAAACGGUACUUGCACGAACGUUCCGGGUGGGUUCGAGUGUUCCUGUCAGGAAGGUUUCGAACCGGGGCCCAUGAUGACCUGUGAAGAUAUCAACGAAUGCUCCGUAAAUCCUCUGCUCUGCGCCUUCCGUUGCGUCAACACCUUCGGCUCGUACGAGUGCAUGUGCCCGACCGGAUACGUGCUUCGCGACGACAACAGAAUGUGUCGAGACCAGGAUGAGUGUACUGAAGGUCUCGAUAACUGUGCGUCCAGCGGUAUGCUCUGCAAAAACCAAAUCGGCACUUUUAUGUGCUUCUGCCCUCCCGGCAUGACCCGUCGCCCUGAUGGAGAGGGCUGUAUGGAUCUUAAUGAGUGUCGCGCUAAGCCUGGGAUCUGUAAGAACGGUCGCUGCAUCAACACUCCUGGCAGUUACCGAUGUGAAUGUAACGAGGGUUUCGAACCAAUCUCCACUGGCACUGAAUGCAUGGAUGUAAGGAAAGGCUUCUGUUUCACUGAGGUCCUGCAGACGAUGUGUCAGCAGUCCUCCACCAAUCGUAACACCGUCACCAAGUCGGAGUGUUGUUGUAACACAGGACGCGGCUGGGGCCCGCUGUGUGAGCUUUGUCCUUUGCCAGGCACCGUACAGUAUAAGAAGAUGUGCCCGCUCGGACACGGAUACACCACUGAUGGCAGAGAUAUCAAUGAAUGCGAGGUCAUGCCCAACCUUUGUAAGAAUGGCCAGUGUAUCAACAGCAUCGGUUCUUUCCGUUGUCAUUGUAACGUGGGUUACACCAGUGACUUCUCUGGCACCUCUUGUGUCGAUCUGGACGAAUGCUCUCAGUCUCCCAAACCCUGUAAUUUCCUGUGUAAAAACACAGAAGGCAGCUAUCUAUGUUCCUGUCCAAGAGGAUACAUCCUUCAGCCUGAUGGAAAGACCUGCAAAGAUUUGGACGAGUGCUCAACCAAACAGCACAACUGUCAGUUCCUCUGUGUCAAUACCAUCGGUGGCUUCACUUGUAAAUGCCCAACAGGCUUCACACAGCACCAGACCGCAUGCAUAGACAACAACGAAUGCAGCGGAAAGUCGGAUGUGUGCGGUUCCCGCGCCUCUUGCCUCAACACGCCCGGUAGCUUCAACUGCGAAUGUCAGAAGGGCUUCUCAUUGGACACCACGGGGGUUAACUGCGAGGAUGUCGAUGAAUGUGGAGGAAACCAUCGCUGUCAGCACGGCUGCCAGAACAUGAUGGGUGGUUUCCGCUGCGGCUGCCCGCAAGGCUACGUUCAGCAUUACCAAUGGAACCAGUGUGUGGAUGAGAACGAAUGCGCCGGGAAUCAAGUCUGCGGUUCUGCAUCUUGCUACAACACAUUAGGCAGCUUUAAGUGCGUUUGUCCGUCAGGGUUCGACUUUGAACCCAUGGCCGGUGGUUGCCAGGAUGUUAAUGAAUGUGGCCAGGGCAAUAACCCCUGUAGCUAUGGCUGUUCUAACACAGAUGGCGGGUAUUUGUGUGGAUGCCCCGGGGGCUUCUACCGAGCAGGACAAGGUCACUGCAUCACAGGAGUGGGCUUCCAGGGUCAGUUUGGCUCAGAAGGUGAGGAAGAUGAGGACGCCCUGUCACCAGAGGCCUGCUAUGAAUGCAAGAUUAACGGUGACCUUGGAAAGAAAGGACGUCACAGGCGUAAUGCUGGCGACAAUGAACUCAAGGAGACGGUGAGCAUGGCCAGCAUGGACGUUCAGAAUUCCAUCCCCAUGAAUCUGAGUCUAUCACAACUGCAGAACAAAGAACCCCUUCUCGAGUUGCUUCCAGCGCUGGAGCCACUUGAACACCACGUGCGUUACAUCAUAACGCACGGAAACCACGGCGAGCAUUUCCGUUUGCUUGAGCGGCGUGACGGCAAGACUGUGCUGCGCUUGGGGCGCAGGCCAGUGUCUCCAGGAUCAUACCGCCUGGAGAUCGCCAGCUUGCCUCUGUUCGGACCGCGCAAACUCCAAGAACUGGAGGACGAGCACGACAGUGACUACCUACUGGGCGAGAUCGGUGAUGCGCUGCGUAUCAAGCUGCACAUCCACCUGCACUGAGACUGCUUGAUCCCUAACCCUUGACCCCAUGCCCUUCAUCGUAGGGCAUUAGCUCUGAGAGACUGUGUUCAUUUUACCGCCAUUUUUUCUUUUCCCCACUAAUUCCACCGAUAUAUCAAAGUAGAUUGGGUGGAAACGUACACACAGUCUGCUUUGAAUUGGCAGGCGUGUGUUAGCAUUAUUCGUUAGCAUUAGCACCCACAUUCACUAGAGGGACAAUCAGAAGUAUUUUCUUUUAUUACAGUUGAAAACUUUAAUAAUAAUGCUUAUCGUUUGAGUCUUUAGUGCACAUAAAAAUGUCGCAUUGAAAAAACACAAUAUGAAAUUUCACCCGCCAUACUGUUAUAUCUGGGGUCAAAGGGUAUUCCAUUCAGUAUUUGUAUUUGUGUCGUUCCAGUAUUGUGUUUUUGAAGAAAAUCACACAAGGACUACAUCAACUAGCACAAAUGUUCAGGUUUAAACAGUCGAGUGUUGGAAAACUCUUAUUUGAAGACCGCAUACGAUCCUCGAAACGAGAGAUUUCGGGUGCUUUUGGAGUUUGCCACACGUGUUACCUCAUUUUACAUGCCUACUCAUAUACACACAUAAACAUGCAUCAGUUGAGAUAGGAGUGGUGCUAAAUGCUAUUUUUUACUGGAACUACUCUGCGUAUUCAAUCAGGGAAUUUUCAUUCCAAAAAUGACGCUAAGGGUUUUAGCAUAUGCAUGCAACUUAGCACAAACCAAAAAAAAACAUGGCAAGUUUCUUCUGUGCUAAAAGCGCUCGUCUGCGCGUUCGACAAAGUAGCGUUUCACAAACAUAGCACAUAGGAAUGAAGAACAGGACACCAUUUCAAAUUGCAUGCAGACCCGAUGGUACAUAAAGAUUGCCAAGCCGUAUUCCAAAAUACACUCCACAAAACCACACGUUUAACCUCAAUAUGGGAACAACAAACCAAGGUGCUAAAAUUCCAACUUACGCUGUACAACGAAAAUGCUUGAUUUGUGGAUUGACAACGUGACGUUUUUUUGUUUUAUUUUGUUUGUGUGUUCUGUCUCAAUGCUGAAAAAAUCAAUAUCAAUCAAAAUGCUUGUUGAAAUCUAAAUUGUAUAUUUUAAAGUGAUAUGUAGAUUUUGUUUGUUCAUUUGUUUUUGUUUUUUUAUUCUUGAGCAUCAAGACCAAACCAAAUAUAUACAUGUAAACUUUAAAUAAUUAUCCUCGAAAAGUUGUUUGUUAGGUUUUUUACUUAAAAGCGUUUGUCGACGAGCACAACAUGCCACUGUUUACAUGAGCUUUUUUACAUUGCAACGACAACAAUGUCAGACUGUCUUCCGAAGCUGUGUCCUGAAUUCAAUCUUCUUUUGUUUUAAACAAGUAACUUGCGGCACAUUAUCGUGUUUUAUGUGUGGUGCUACAAUGACGAAACUGCUUCUUGAACAUCAACAUAACUGCACUGUACAACAGCCUGAACUGUAUUUAUGCAUAACCAUUUGUCUAACAUGAGAUCUUUGUAUACUUUCAUAUUUUUUUGUUGAUGCCACUACAUGUAAACAAACAAAUGUGUGUGUAACUGUACUGUUUGUCGAAAACAAGCAACAAACUUGAAAUAUUUCUCUCAUCAAAACUGCGACGUUCUUACGAACUUCAUACCAAAGCAACUGUACUCUGGGUGUUUAGGAUAGCGUUGUCACUUCUGAGAAAUGAUAAAUGUGCCUUGACAAGGUGUCCGCAUGGAUCUUUUCGAGCCAUAAAGAUCCAUGACCGAGACGUCCUUGAGCAUCCUUGUUACCAAAUAAUUUCAAAUGCAUUCAUUUUGUUAUGAAAAAUGCAAACAAUACCAUUUUGUACAAAUGCGUUCACGUCCAAACCAAGUGAGCCACACAGUUUUUGUAAACAUCUGUAAGAAGCAACAAUGGCAAUAAAACAACAUGGGUUAUAUUUUUAAA